AUGUCGAGAAGAAAGGGAAAUGAAGAAACUGAUAAACUUACAAGAAUAGCAAUUGUUAAUUCAGACAAAUGCAAGCCAAAGAGAUGCAAGCAAGAAUGCAAAAAAUCAUGCCCUGUUGUAAGAAUGGGAAAACUUUGUAUUGAAGUUGUUCCCAAUGAUAAAAUUGCUACCAUUUCAGAAGAACUUUGUAUCGGAUGUGGUAUUUGUGUUAAGAAAUGUCCAUUUGAAGCAAUUACUAUUAUCAAUUUGCCGAGCAAUUUGGAAAAGGAUACUACUCAUCGUUAUUCUCAAAAUUCAUUUAAGCUUCAUCGUUUACCCAUACCUAGACCUGGUGAAGUACUUGGACUUGUUGGAACUAAUGGUAUUGGAAAAUCCACUGCUCUUAAGAUUUUAGCUGGGAAACAAAAACCCAAUCUCGGGAGGUAUUCUGAACCUCCAGACUGGACUGAAAUAUUAAGUCAUUUUCGCGGUUCUGAACUUCAAAAUUAUUUUACUAAAAUAUUAGAAGAUGAUUUAAAGGCCUUGAUUAAACCUCAAUAUGUUGAUCAAAUACCUAAAGCGGUUAAAGGAACAGUUCAACAACUUUUAGAUAAAAAAGAUGAAAGAAAAAAUCAGGCAGAUAUUUGCAAACGAUUAGAAUUAGAAAAUAUUCGGGAUAGAUCUAUUGAUGCCUUAUCAGGCGGUGAACUACAAAGGUUUGCUUGCGCUAUGGUUUGCAUUCAAGAUGGCGACAUAUUUAUGUUUGACGAACCUUCAUCGUAUUUAGAUGUAAAACAACGUUUAAAAGCUGCCAUUACAAUAAGAUCACUUAUACAUCCUGAUAAAUUCAUAAUAGUUGUAGAACAUGAUUUAUCAGUAUUAGACUAUCUUUCUGAUUUUAUUUGUUGUUUGUAUGGUGUCCCAGGUGCAUAUGGAGUCGUUACGAUGCCUUUUUCUGUAAGAGAAGGUAUUAACAUAUUCUUAGACGGUUUUGUACCGACGGAAAAUUUGAGAUUUAGAGAAGAGUCGUUGGUUUUCAAAGUUGCCGAAUCAGCAGCCGAAGAAGAGGUUAAACGUAUGAAUCAUUAUGAUUAUCCGGCAAUGACUAAAACGAUGGGUUCUUUUAAAAUGCAAGUUCAUAAAGGAGAAUUUUCCGAUUCGGAAAUAUUGGUUUUGCUCGGAGAAAACGGAACGGGAAAAACUACUUUCAUAAGAAUGUUGGCGGGAAAAUUGGAACCCGACGAUGGUUCCGGUGACAUUCCCAAGCUCAACAUAAGUUACAAACCUCAAAAAAUUAGUCCUAAAUCUCAAGGUAUCGUCAGACAGUUGUUACAUGAAAAAAUUCGAGAUGCCUACGUUCACCCUCAGUUUAUAACGGACGUUAUGAAACCUCUUCGAAUCGAUGAAAUAAUGGAUCAGGAAGUUCAAAAUUUAUCAGGAGGAGAAUUGCAAAGGGUAGCCAUGGCUUUAUGCUUGGGUAAACCGGCAGACGUUUAUUUAAUCGACGAACCCUCGGCGUACCUGGAUUCCGAACAGCGUUUGGUUGCAGCUAAAGUUAUAAAAAGAUUUAUUUUACAUGCUAAAAAAACUGGAUUCGUCGUCGAACACGAUUUCAUAAUGGCGACUUAUUUAGCGGAUAGAGUUAUAGUAUUCGAAGGAGAAGCUUCGGUUAGCACGGUCGCUCACACUCCUCAAUCACUUUUGGCUGGAAUGAAUCGAUUUUUGGAAUUGUUAGGUAUAACUUUCCGACGUGAUCCUAAUAAUUUCCGGCCGAGAAUUAACAAGGAUAAAUCUGUAAAGGAUACGGAGCAAAAACGUGCCGGCCAAUAUUUUUUCCUUGAAGAUUAA